AUGAAUAGCCUUGGGAGCGUACAACUUAGCGCCCAAGCUCGUGCUUCUAUUGUAGAGAAAAGUUUAAGCACACCACGACCAAGGCUCCGACAGAAAGAAGAAAAAAAAGACAAGAAUGAUGAUAACCCCAAAGAUCAAAUACCGGGAUGCUGCUAUAAUCAUGAUUACAAUUGCAUAUCCUCUCCACAGAGGUCAUCGAUCAUUAUAGAUUCCAAGAGAACCAAUGGAGUUUCCUUUACACUCAAAGAUGAAAAGAUUGAUGACCAAAUCAGCAAAAAGUUAACACCUAAAGCUAGUGACCUAAUGCUUGAAAGCCUUCAUUUUUAUAAAAGUGAGGAUGAGUUUGAUUCAAUUAACCUAGGAGAAUCCACCUGCAAUGGCAUGACAGCUUCGAUGUGA